UUUCGUGACGUAUAAUGGACUGGACGGACGCUUCUUCAGGAACAACAAGGCGCCAACUCUUUCAACCACGUCGGUAGCUUGCUAGCCAACAUAAAACUGAAAGAUUGACGUUUUAGACCAUGCUAAUGUACAUUAUCUAAUCUCAGUGUUUUAAACGAUUUUCGGUUAACGUAUCAACUGGUUCAAUUUGCAAACGUGUUAAAGAUUGAUACUGAGCCUAGCACUAGGCUAGACGCUAAUGCUAGCUAGCUAGCUAACAUCCCUGACCAUGAGCUCACUAAACUACUCCUCCCUUACUAAUGAAGAGGGGGUCUGCUGUAUGGAGAAAGAAUCUUUCAGAAUGAAAAAGGAGGAAGAGGAGGCUGUUAUAGUGAAAGAAGAGAAAGAACCGUUUAGAGAGGAAGAUGAUGCUAUCUCAAUAAAGGUGAAGGAGGAAGACUUUUUGGGAGUGAAAGAGGAAGAGACAGAAUAUCAGAUUAACACCAGAGAGACACAUGACUAUCGUGGAUCCUCUGGGAAGCCUCAACAACAUCCUGAUGCUGACGAGGAAGAGAAGAGUCUCUCCAGAUCAGAACACCAGAUGGACAACGCUAGCCCUUCCACCCUCUCGGAGUCCCCGUGUCAUGCCUCUCCUGUUAGCACCUUGCUGCUGGUGGACUGCAGGAAAACAAUGGGGCUGAGUGGAACUGUGGGAGGAGGAGAAGAGAGGAAAGGAUCAGAUUUGACUCAAAGAGAAAGGCCAGACUCGGAGGAACCAGAGCCAGGGACGUCCAAACUAGCAAGACGACACCACUGCUACCACUAUGGAAAGAGUUGUAACCGGUUAUGGGACCUGAAACAACAUGAGAGAAUACACACAGGAGAGAAGCCUUACCACUGCUCCCAAUGUGGAAAGUGUUUCAACCAGAGAGUAUACCUGAAACAACAUGAGAGAAUACACACAGGGGAGAAGCCUUACCACUGCUCCCAGUGUGGAGAGCGUUUCAACUGGAAAUCAAACCUGAAAGCCCAUGAGAGAAUACACACAGGAGAGAAGCCUUACCACUGCUCCCAAUGUGGAAAGUGCUUCAACCAUCCAGGGAAGCUGAAAGCUCAUGAAAGAAUACACACAGGAGAGAAGCCUUACCACUGCUCCCAGUGUGGAAAUUGUUUCAACUGGAAAUCAAACCUGAAAGCCCACGAGAGAAUACACACAGGAGAGAAGCCUUACCACUGCUCCCAAUGUGGAAAGUGUUUCACCCGGUCGGAGAUGCUGAAAGCUCAUGAAAGGAUACACACAGGAGAGAAGCCUUACCACUGCUCCCAGUGUGGAAAGCGUUUCAACUGGAAAUCAAACCUGAAAGCCCACGAGAGAAUACACACAGGAGAGAAGCCUUACCACUGCUCCCAAUGUGGAAAGUGUUUCACCCGGUCGGGGCUGCUGAAAGCUCAUGAGAGAAUACACACAGGAGAGAAGCCUUACCACUGCUCCCAAUGUGGAAAGUGUUUCAACCAGAGAGGAAACCUGAAACAACAUGAAAGAAUACACACAGGAGAGAAGCCUUACCACUGCUCCCAGUGUGGAAAGUGCUUCAACCAGUCGGGGGACCUGAAACAACAUGAGAGAAUACACACAGGAGAGAAGCCUUACCACUGCUCCCAAUGUGGAAAGUGUUUCAACCGGUCAGGGGAGCUGAAACGACAUGAGAAAAUGCACACAGGGGAGAAGCCUUACCACUGUUCCCAAUGUGGAAAGUGUUUCGUCUGUUCGGGGGAGCUGAAACAACAUGAGAGAAUACACACAGGAGAGAAGCCUUACCACUGCUCCCAAUGUGGAAAGAGUUUCAACCAGAAAGCAAACCUGAAAGCUCAUGAGAGAAUACACACAGGAGAGAAGCCUUACCACUGCUCCCAAUGUGGAAAGAGUUUCAACCAGAAAGCAAACCUGAAAGCUCACGAGAGAAUACACACAGGAGAGAAGCCUUACCACUGCUCCCAAUGUGGAAGGUGUUUCAACCAGUCGUGGGCGCUGAAACAACACGAGAGAAUACACACAGGAGAGAAGCCUUACCACUGCUCCCAAUGUGGAAAGUGUUUCAACCAGUCGAGGGAGCUGAAACAACAUGAGAGAAUACACACAGGAGAGAAGCCUUACCACUGCUCCCAAUGUGGAAAGUGUUUCAACCAGAGAGUAAACCUGGAAGCUCAUGAGAGAAUACACACAGGAGAGAAGCCUUACCACUGCUCCCAGUGUGGAAAGAGUUUCAACCGGAAAGCAAACCUGAAAGCUCAUGAGAGAAUACACACAGGAGAGAAGCCUUACCACUGCUCCCAAUGUGGAAAGUGUUUCAACCAGUCGGGGGAGCUGAAACAUCAUGAGAGAAUACACACAGGAGAGAAGCCUUACCACUGCUCCCAAUGUGGAAAGUGUUUCAACCGGUCGGGGGAGCUGAAAGAACAUGCGAGAAUACACACAGGAGAGAAGCCUUACCACUGCUCCCAAUGUGGAAAGUGUUUCAUCCAUUCAGGGGAUCUGAAACGACAUGAGAGAAUACACACGGGAGAGAAGCCUUACCACUGCUCCCAAUGUGGAAAGUGUUUCAACCAGAGAGGAAACCUGAAAAAGCAUGAGAAUACACACAGGAGGAUACACACAGGGGAGAAGCCUUACCACUGCUCCCAGUGUGGAAAGGGUUUCAACCAGUCAGGGGUGCUGAAACGGCACGAGAGAAUACACACAGGAGAGAAGCCUUACCACUGCUCCCAGUGUGGAAAGUGUUUCAACCGGAAAGCAUCCCUGAACCAACACGAGAGAAUACACACAGGGGAGAAGCCUUACCACUGCUCCCAGUGUGGAAAGUGUUUCAACCAGUCUUGGGAGCUGAAACAACACGAGAAAAUACACACAGGAGAGAAGCCUUACCACUGCUCCCAAUGUGGAAAGUGCUUUGUCCGUUCGGGGGAGCUGAAACUACAUGAGAGAAUACACACAGGAGAGAAGCCUUACCACUGCCCCCAAUGUGGAAAGUGUUUCAACCAGUCUUGGGAGCUGAAACGACACGAGAGAAUACACACCGGAGAGAAGCCUUACCACUGCUCCCAGUGUGGAAAGCGUUUCAACCAUUCAGGGAAGCUGAAACAACACGAGAGAAUACACACCGGAGAGAAGCCUUACCACUGCUCCCAGUGUGGAAAGCGUUUCAACCAUUCAGGGAAGCUGAAUCAGCAUGAGAGAAUACACACAGGAGAGAAGCCUUACCACUGCUCCCAAUGUGGGAGGUGUUUCAACCAGUCGGGGACGCUGAAACAACACGAGAGAAUACACACAGGAGAGAAGCCUUACCACUGCUCCCAAUGUGGAAAGAGUUUCAACCAGUCGGGGACGCUGAAACGGCAGAGAGUACACACAGGAGAGAAGCCUUACCACUGCUCCCAAUGUGGAACGCGUUUCGACCGGUCGGGGAAGCUGAAACAACAUGAGAUAAUACACACAGGAGAGAAGCCCUACCGCUGCUCCCAAUGUGGAAAGUGUUUCAACCGGUCGGGGAACCUGAAAGCUCAUGAGAGAAUACACACAGGAGAGAAGCCUUACCACUGCUCCCAAUGCGGAAAGUGUUUCAACCAGUCGGGGGAGCUGAAACAACAUGAGAGAAUACACACAGGAGAGAAGCCUUACCACUGCUCCCAAUGUGGAAAGUGUUUCAACCAGAGAGUAAACCUGAAACAACAUGAGAGAAUACACACAGGAGAGAAGCCUUACCACUGCUCCCAGUGUGGAAAGAGUUUCAACCGGAAAGCAAACCUGAAAGCUCAUGAGAGAAUACACACGGGAGAGAAGCCUUACCACUGCUCCCAAUGUGGAAAGUGUUUCAACCAGUCGGGGGAGCUGAAACUACAUGAGAGAAUACACACAGGAGAGAAGCCUUACCACUGCUCCCAUUGUGGAAAGUGUUUCGUCCAUUUGGAGGUGCUGAAACAGCAUGAGAGAAUACACACAGGGGAGAAGCCUUACCACUGCUACCAGUGUGGAAAGGGUUUCAACCAGAGAGGACACCUGAAACUACAUGAGAGAAUACACACAGGAGAGAAGCCUUACCACUGCUCCCAUUGUGGAAAGUGUUUCGUCCGUUCGGUGGAGCUGAAACAACACGAGAGAAUACACACAGGAGAGAAGCCUUACCACUGCUCCCAAUGUGGAAAGAGUUUCAGCCGGAAAGCAUUCCUGAACCAACACGAGAGAAUACACACGGGGGAAAAGCCUUACCACUGCUCCCAGUGUGGAAAGCGUUUCAACCAUUCAGGGAAGCUGAAACGGCAUGAGAGAAUACACACAGGAGAGAAGCCUUACCACUGCUCCCAAUGUGGAAAGUGUUUCAACCAGCCGGGGGACCUGAAACAACACGAGAGAAUACACACGGGAGAGAAGCCUUACCACUGCUCCCAGUGUGGAAAGCGUUUCAGCCAUUCAGGAAAGCUGAAACGGCAUGAGAGAAUACACACAGGAGAGAAGCCUUACCACUGCUCCCAAUGUGGAAAGUUUUUCAGCCAGAUAGGAUACCUGAAACAACAUGAGAGAAUACACACGGGGGAAAAGCCUUACCACUGCUCCCAGUGUGGAAAGUGUUUCAACAAUUCAGGGACGCUGAAACGACAUGAGAGAAUACACACAGGGCAGAAGCCUUACCACUCCUCCCAGGGUGCAAAGCUUUUGCCCAUUUAGGAAGCCUGAAAGAACACAUUAGACUGCACACAGAGGAGAAGGCUUAGAAAAGCUCAGACUGUGGGAAAACAUAGUACUCAUAACAGUCAUUUAAACGUCAUUAGAGAAUCCACACAGGAGAGAGAAAUUACUUCUCUUAGCGUGUAUAUUGAUAUUUCACAUCACAUUGGCUUAAAAUUCAUCAGAGAACAUACACAGUGCUCCCAUUGUCUUAUAUUGUUGACCGACAAUGUGUUUACCUGUCUUUACCAUAUGAAAUUAAAUGGUACAGGGUAUACUCAAACAUAUAUUUGACCUACAAAACUAAGGACAUGAUUGUGGACUUCAGGAAACAGCAGGGGGAACACCCCCCUAUCCACAUCGAUGGAACAGUAUUGGAGAGGGUAGUAAGUUUUAUGUUCCUCGGCAUACACAUCACAGACAAACUGAAUUGGUC